CAAACGCUAAAGUGGGAACGAACGAACGAGUCAGUCAGAACUCUGACGAGACUUUGGUGAGUUCAUUGUGUGUACAAGAAUUUCAUCGGAAUGCUCAACUAAACCACUAAAUUCCUACAUCGAAGUGUACCUUCAGUGUAUGAUUGGACUUGGUUGCCCAAUUUUCUUGCUUUUCCGUGCUGCCAACGGGGGAUGAAGCCCUAGAGAGCGACCAAGUCUUUGCUUAGUUGGAUCCAAUUGGAACAACGACAAUUACUCUCUUGUGCAACGGAAAUGGCCUCUUCAGUCUCUCGUUAAUUUGACGGCAAAUGAGCCAGAGCAGCCAGUCGAGGGUGUUUAGUGUCCCAAAUAUACUUAUGGGAUCUCAUCGGGUCCAAUAAGUAUUGAAGCCGACCCAACUAUAACACCAAUCAUUCAUCGCCAACUAACAAUCGAAAACCACCACAACCAUCAUGUUGGCUCGAAAUGAGUCCGUCGAUCUCAAUGGCACAGCCUCUCCCGUCGAGCUUUGGAACAAUGUCACUGAAGAUGCUGAAGGUGAUUGGAUCAAUGGAACCGAGACAACAACAGAAUCCAUUUAUUACAUCACUCCGCCCUCGGAUCCGUCAUUGCUCAACUGUGUGAACAUCAUGCUCAAAUCAGACAUCAAGAUUCUAAUGGAUUGGAAGUGGUGGUUAACAGGCGUGGUUUCCACUGUGAUUCUCAUCAUCGGCUUCAUAGGCAAUGUCUUUGCUGUGAUUGUGUUACAUGGUCCCAAAAUGACAAGCGCCUUCAACCAGCUUCUCAUCACUCUCUGCAUUUUCGACACCAUCUUCUUGGUGUGCAAUAUUGCCACCAGCUUGAGCUCGCUCGGAUUUAAACAUGAUGUGAUGCCAGUGUUGACCAAAUGCUCGGAUGCCGUGGCUCAUGUCUCUAUGUGUGCUUCAGUUCUAAUGAUUGUGGCACUGACAUUCGAACGCCACUUUGCCAUCUGUAAUCCUCACAAGUAUCGGAUCCAUCUUCGGACCACUCCUCGAUGGAAGCAUUUGGCAAUGUACAUUGCUCCCGUUACCAUCUUCUCACUUUUCUUCAAUAUUCCAAUGUUCAUUAACCUACAGCGACGAUGGAUGACUAACGCCCUCUACGUGAAGAUCAAUCUUUACUUGAGAGCGAUUCAUCCCCUAACCACCACUGGUCUGGCUCCAGUAGCCAUUUUGAUCGUUCUUAAUGUUCGAAUAUGUCGUGGGAUUCAAAUCCUCCACCAGAGGCGCACCUCUCGCAAUCGGAAGGAGCUCAAUAUGGCUUACAUCGCGAUUGUGAUAGUGUCGCUAUUUGUCAUUUCUAACAUGCCGCGAAUCUUGGCUGGAGCCCAAGAGGUGACGAACACGCAUCUCAUCAUCCAUUGCAUUGAAAACAAGACCCAAUACAUUCCUUCCAUGGACUUCUACAAGCUCGAUUUCGUGGCCCGACUAUUGAUGGUCAUCAAUUCAUCCAUCAACUUUCUGGUAUAUUGUGCUGUGAGCACACCUUUCAAGAGAGCAUUUUAUGACCUGUUGACCCCAGCUUGUGUCUUUUGUCCCGGAUUUCUGAAAUGCUUGAGCAGAUCGGGCUCGACUGGGGGCAGACAAGUCAAUGGGGCACCUCGAGGCGAAUUCGAAUCCUCCGACGAUUUGACGACUUACCCAGGAAUUAUGAUGACCACGACCACGACGACAGUGGUUCCAAUUGGACGAGGCCAUUCGAACCUCACCUCGACGAGAAAUUCCCCAGAGGGCGACGGAGUCCCGAGGGAAAAUGGAAUCAAUUCCAGCCAAACCCAUAAAAUCCCCAACGGGAUCCAUGCCCAAGCCAAUCACAAUCAACUUAAUGAUUCGUGUCCAAGAAUGCUCGAACCAAUUUCGGCCUCCUCGUUGGUGGUUAUCACGCAAGGUUCUGUUCCUGACAAAUUGUUGAGCCAAGGAGAUGGAGGACAACGAGGCCCUCCGCCACAAUCACUUAGUAGUAUGUGUAACAAUAAUUGCCCCACAUUGGAAACUGGAAGCUCUAUUCACUCAUCCGUAAGUGUGCCCUUGAGCCCAAGCUCUGGCCAACCCACGGUUCCACAACGCACCAAUGAAGGGGCACUGGUUCCACUUUCCAUUGACCCAUUACAGCAGACUCUUGGAGAGGAAGACUCAGAGCCAGCCGACAAUGAUGUGGAUCCAAAAAGUGGGUGCCCCUCAUUACGAAUAGAUGGGAGCCAUUCCAACACCGAGGCAAAGGCCACUGAUAUCCGAGAGGAAAUAGAUGGUGGCCAUUCCAGGGAUCCUCGAUAUCUUCCCGAUGUGGUCCAAAAUUACUCAUCACAAGCCUGAAUACGCUUCCUUCAAUCAAAGUUUCAAGAACCAUCCAUCCACCCAAGAAUCUGCGAUGUCCUAACUACGUAGGAUCGAAUCAAAGAAGAGCUAAAAGCUCGCCAGAGUUUAAUUGUUAGAAUAUCAAAGAAUAGCGUAUAUUUUCGUUUGCUUUGUUUCCCAAUUAAAAUAUAUACAAUAUAUUUGAA